GUAUAGAGUGCAAACAAAGAAAAAGCAAAAGGAGUGAUCAACCAAUGCUUUGAAAACCCCGCCUUCUUCUUCCUCCACGUCUAUAUCUCUUGACUUACAUCAUCCACCUUCCACAUUUUCUUUCUUUCUUUCUUUAUUAUUCCAGGUGGUGGGUGUACCUACUACCCCUCUAUAAAAAAACCUCCGUCAACCGUUGUUCAUCUGCACCACAAAUCGGCAAAAAAAUGGCUUCUUUGGAAGAUGUACCUUCGGUGGAUAUGAUGACUGAACUCCUUCGCCGAUUCAAGUGUUCUUCCAAGCCAGACAAACGCCUUAUUCUUAUUGGUCCACCCGGGUCGGGAAAAGGUACCCAAUCGCCGAUUAUUAAGGAUGAAUACUGCCUGUGCCACUUGGCAACAGGUGAUAUGUUGAGAGCGGCUGUUGCGGCUAAAACUCCACUCGGGAUUAAAGCCAAGGAAACCAUGGAGAAGGGGGAACUAGUGUCUGAUGAUUUGGUGGUUGGGAUCAUUGAUGAAGCAAUGAAGAAGCCAUCAUGUCAAAAAGGAUUCAUUCUUGAUGGUUUUCCUAGAACAGUUUCCCAAGCAGAGAAGCUUGAUGAGAUGCUUGCGAAGCAAGGAACGAAGAUUGACAAAGUGCUUGAUUUUGCAAUUGAUGACUCCAUCUUGGAAGAGAGGAUUACCGGCCGUUGGAUCCAUGCUUCAAGUGGUAGGACAUACCACACAAAGUUUGCACCUCCCAAGGUGCCCGGCAUUGAUGAUGUUACUGGAGAGCCUUUAAUGCAAAGGAAGGAUGAUACUGCAGCAGUUCUCAAAUCAAGGUUGGAAGCUUUUCACCGCCAAACAGAGCCUGUUAUAGAUUACUACAGCAAGAAGGGCGUGGUUGCAAAGUUACCUGCGGAAAAACCACCAAAGGAGGUGACUGUGGAGGUUCAGAAAGUUUUGUCGAGUUGAUGCUGUUUUUUUUUUUUUUUUUUCGUUUUUGAUUUCCUUGACGUUAUCUAACGAUACAAUGUUGGAGCGCUUCAACAUUGAAGCCCGCUACGAUUUUCAUUUUCCAAGAACUAUGGAUUGAGUUGAGUUGAGUUGCCACAGAAACUUAGACUGUAACAGAAUAAAACCCAUUUUCAUGUUUUUUGUCUGAAUGUUCUUCUGGUUAUUAUAUGAUAAUAAACCGGUAAAAUACAACUU